GCUGACAUGACAUCGGCCACGGAGUUUGAAAACGUGGGCAACCAGCCACCGUACAGCCGGAUCAAUGCCCGCUGGGCUGCCCCGGACGAUGAGCUGGAUAAUGACAACAGCUCAGCCAGGCUCUUUGAGAGGUCCCGGAUCAAGGCCUUGGCAGAUGAGCGGGAAGUUGUUCAGAAGAAGACCUUCACGAAAUGGGUGAACUCAAACCUGGCUCGUGUGCCCUGCCGCAUCACUGACCUCUACAAGGACCUGCGGGAUGGACGGAUGCUUAUCAAGUUGCUGGAGGUGCUCUCCGGAGAGAUGCUGCCAAAGCCCACGAAGGGGAAGAUGCGCAUCCACUGCCUGGAGAAUGUGGACAAGGCCCUACAGUUCCUCAAGGAACAGCGCGUGCACCUGGAAAACAUGGGCUCCCAUGACAUCGUGGAUGGCAACCAUCGCCUGGUCCUGGGCCUCAUCUGGACCAUCAUCCUUCGCUUCCAGAUUCAGGACAUUGUUGUGGAAACUCAGGAAGGUCGUGAGACGCGCUCUGCCAAGGAUGCGUUGCUGUUGUGGUGUCAGAUGAAGACAGCAGGCUACCCCCAGGUCAACGUCACGAACUUUACCUCUAGCUGGAAGGAUGGCCUGGCCUUUAAUGCCCUGAUACACAAGCACCGGCCUGACCUGAUCGACUUUGAUAAGCUGAAGGACUCGAACGCACGGCACAACCUAGAACAUGCAUUCAAGGUGGCUGAGCGUCAGCUGGGCAUCAUCCCGCUCCUCGACCCUGAAGAUGUCUUCACAGAAAACCCUGAUGAGAAAUCCAUCAUUACCUAUGUGGUGGCGUUUUACCACUACUUCUCCAAGAUGAAGGUGCUCGCGGUGGAGGGCAAGCGCGUCGGCAAGGUCAUUGACCAUGCCAUUGAGACGGAGACGAUGAUUGAGAAGUACAGUGGGCUGGCCUCAGACCUGCUCACCUGGAUUGAGCAGACCAUCGUGGUCCUAAAUAGCCGCAAGUUUGCCAAUUCCCUGACAGGCGUCCAGCAACAACUACAGGCCUUCAGCACCUACCGCACCGUGGAGAAGCCACCUAAGUUCCAGGAGAAGGGGAAUCUGGAGGUCCUACUUUUUACCAUCCAGUCCCGGAUGAGAGCCAAUAAUCAGAAAGUGUAUACCCCUCACGACGGGAAACUAGUGUCUGACAUCAACCGGGCCUGGGAAAGCCUGGAGGAGGCUGAGUAUCAGCGGGAGCUGGCCCUGAGAAAUGAGCUCAUUCGGCAAGAGAAGCUGGAGCAGGUGGCCCGGCGUUUUGACCGCAAGGCAGCCAUGAGAGAGACGUGGCUCAAUGAAAACCAGCGCCUCGUGGCUCAGGAUAACUUUGGGUAUGACCUGGCAGCCGUGGAGGCCGCCAAGAAGAAGCAUGAGGCCAUAGAGACUGACACGGCCGCUUACGAGGAGCGGGUGAAGGCCCUGGAGGACCUGGCCCAGGAGCUGGAAAAGGAGAAUUACCACGACCAGAAGCGCAUCACUGCCCGCAAGGACAAUGUCCUGCGCCUGUGGAGCUACCUGCAGGAGCUGCUGAGGUCCCGGCGCCAGAGACUCGAGAUGACGCUGGCCCUGCAGAAGCUCUUCCAGGACAUGCUGCACAGCAUUGACUGGAUGGACGAGAUCAAGGCUCACCUCUUGUCUGCCGAGUUCGGGAAGCACUUGCUGGAGGUUGAGGACUUGCUACAGAAGCACAGGCUGAUGGAGGCUGACAUCGCCAUCCAAGGGGACAAAGUGAAGGCCAUCACCGCAGCCACCCUGCAGUUCACUGAGGAGAAAGGAUACCAGCCUUGUGACCCCCAGGUUAUCCGGGACCGUGUCAGCCACCUGGAGCAGUGCUUUGAGGAGCUGAGCAACAUGGCGGCUGGGAGGAAGGCCCAGCUGGAGCAGUCUAAGCGGCUCUGGAAGUUCUUCUGGGAGAUGGAUGAAGCCGAGAGCUGGAUCAAGGAGAAGGAGCAGAUCUACUCUUCCCUGGACUAUGGCAAGGACCUGACGAGUGUGCUCAUCUUACAGCGCAAGCACAAGGCCUUUGAGGAUGAGCUCCGAGGGCUGGACACCCACCUGGAGCAGAUCUUCCAGGAGGCAGAGGGCAUGGUCGCACGUAAGCAGUUUGGGCACCCACAGAUUGAGGCCCGAAUCAAAGAGGUGGCUGCCCAGUGGGACCAGCUGAAGGAGCUGGCUGCCUUUCGCAAGAAGAACCUCCAGGAUGCUGAGAAUUUCUUCCAGUUCCAGGGUGACGCUGAUGACCUGAAGGCCUGGCUGCAAGAUGCCCACCGGCUGCUCUCAGGCGAAGACGUGGGGCAGGAUGAGGGGGCCACGCGGGCCCUGGGGAAAAAGCACAAGGAUUUCCUGGAGGAACUGGAGGAGAGCCGAGGGGUGAUGGAGCAUCUGGAACAGCAGGCCCAGGGCUUCCCCCAAGAGUUUCGGGAUUCCCCAGAUGUGACCAACCGGCUGCAGGCCCUCCGGGAGCUCUACCAGCAGGUGGUGGCCCAGGCAGACCUGCGUCGGCAGAGGCUACAGGAUGCCCUGGACCUGUACACAGUGUUUGGGGAGACGGACGCCUGUGAGCUGUGGAUGGGGGAGAAGGAGAAGUGGCUAGCGCAGAUGGAGAUCCCAGACACGCUGGAGGACCUGGAGGUGGCACAGCACAGAUUUGACAUCCUGGACCAGGAGAUGAAGACCUUGAUGACACAAAUUGACGGCGUGAACCUCGCUGCCAACAGCCUGGUAGACAGCGGCCACCCUCGCAGUGGGGAAGUGAAGCAGUACCAGGACCACCUGAAUGACAGGUGGCAGGCAUUCCAGACCAUAGUGUCAGACCGGCGGGAGGCAGUGAACUCAGCCCUGCGGGUGCGUAACUACUGCGUGGACUGCGAAGAGACUAGCAAGUGGAUCGAGGACAAGAUGCAGGUGGUGCAGUCCACAAAGGACCUGGGCCAGGACCUGGCGGGCAUCAUUGCCAUCCAGCGAAAGCUGUCAGGGCUGGAGCGCGAUGUGGCCGCCAUCCGGGACCGUGUGGGUGCCCUAGAGCAUGAGUCGCAGCAGCUGAUGGCCUCACACCCCGAGCAGGGAGAGGACAUUGGGCAGCGGCAGGCGUGUGUGCAGAAGCUGUGGCAGGAGCUGCAGGAAGCCCUGCUAGAGCAGGAAGCCUCGUUGGGUGAAGCCAGCCAGCUCCAGGCCUUCCUGCAGAAUCUGGAUGACUUCCAGGCCUGGCUAUCCAUGGCCCAGAAGGCCGUGGCCUCUGAGGACAUGCCCGAGUCCCUCCCGGAGGCUGAGCAGCUCCUACAGCAGCAUGUGGCCAUCAAAGAUGACAUCGACAGGCACCAAGAGAGCUUCCAGAAUGUCAAGGUAUCCGGGGAGAAUGUGAUCCGUGACCAGACAGACCCCGAGUACCUGCUCCUGGGCCAGAGGCUGGAGGGCCUGGAUGCUGGCUGGGAUGCCCUGCACCGGAUGUGGGAGAGCCGCAACCACUCCCUCGCCCAGUGCCUCGGCUUCCAGGAGUUCCAGAGAGAUGCCAAGCAAGCUGAAGCCAUCCUCAGCAAUCAGGAAUAUACUCUGGCUCACUUGGAGCCCCCAGACUCCCUAGAAGCUGCAGAGGUUGGGAUCCGGAAGUUUGAGGAUUUCUUGGUGUCUAUGGAGAACAACCAGGAUAAGGUCUUGAGUCCUGUGGACUCUGGAAACAAGCUGGUAGCUGAAGAAAACCUCUACUCAGACAAGAUCCUGGAGAAGGUGCAGCUGAUUGAGGACAGGCACAGGAAAAACAAGGAGAAGGCUGAGGAGGCUUCCGUCAUUCUGAAAGACAACUUGGAGCUCCAGCACUUCCUCCAGAACUGCCAAGAGCUCACUCUCUGGAUCAAUGACAAGCUGCUAACAUCUCAGGAUGUCUCCUAUGAUGACGCGAGAAACCUGCAAAACAAGUGGGCGAAGCACCAGGCAUUUAUGGCAGACCUGGCUUCCCACCAAGGGUGGCUAGAUAGUAUCGAUGCGGAAGGGAAGCAGCUGAUGGAGGAGAAGACCCAGUAUACAGGCCUGGUGUCCCAGAGGCUGGAAGACUUGCACCGGCUCUGGGAUGAGCUUCAGGCCACCACACAGGAGAGGGCCCAGCACCUCUCAGCUGCCAGGAGCGGCUACCUGCGCUCGCAGACCCAUGCCGACCUCAACAAGUGGAUCAGCGCUAUGGAGGACCAGCUGCGGUCUGAUGACCCGGGCAAGGACCUGACCAGCGUCAACCGGAUGUUGGCUAAGCUGAAGCGUGUGGAGGACCAAGUGAAUGUGCGGAAGGAGGAGCUGGGGGAGCUGCUUGCACAGGUGCCCUCGCUGGGAGAGGAGGCAGGAGACACAGACGUGAGCAUCGAGAGGCGGUUCCUGGACCUCCUGGAGCCCCUGGAGAAGAGGAAGAAGCAGCUGGAAUCAUCCCGAGCCAAGCUGCAGAUCAGCAGGGACUUGGAGGAUGAGACACUCUGGGUGGAAGAGAGGCUGCCUCUGGCCCAGUCAGCCGACUAUGGCACGAAUCUGCAAACUGUGCAACUGUUAAUGAAGAAGAAUCAGACGCUGCAGAACGAGAUCCUGGGCCACGCACCGCGGGUGGAGGAUGUGCUGCAGAGAGGGCAGCAGCUGGUGGAGGCGGCCGAGAUCGACUGCCAGGACAUCCAGGAGCACCUGGGGCACCUGCAGGGCUCAUGGGACACGCUGCAGGAGGCGGCGGCCGGGCGGCUGCAGCGCCUGCGGGACGCCAGUGAGGCACAGCAGUACUACCUGGACGCAAGCGAGGCCGAGGCCUGGAUCAGCGAGCAAGAGCUCUAUAUCAUCUCCGACGAGACGCCCAAGGACGAAGAGAGCGCCAUCGUGAUGCUGAAGCGGCACUUGAGGCAGCAGCACACGGUGGAGGAGUACGGACGGAACGUCAAGCAGCUGGCCGCCAGGGCCCAGAGCCUGCUGUCCGCGGGCCACCCGGAGGGGGAGCAGAUCAUCCGACUGCAGGGGCAAGUGGACAAGCAAUACGCAGGGCUGAAGGACGUAGCGGAAGAACGCAGGCGGAAGCUAGAGAACAUGUAUCACCUGUUCCAGCUGAAGAGGGAGGCGGAUGACUUGGAGCAGUGGAUUUCAGAAAAGGAGCUGGUGGCCUCUUCCCCUGAGAUGGGGCAAGACUUUGACCAUGUCACUCUGCUCCGGGACAAGUUCCGGGACUUUGCCCGGGAGACGGGGGCGAUUGGGCAGGAGCGGGUGGACAACGUGAACAUCAUCAUCGAGCAGCUCAUCGACGCAGGCCACAGCGAAGCAGCCACGAUUGCGGAGUGGAAGGAUGGGCUGAACGAAAUGUGGGCGGACCUGCUGGAGCUCAUCGACACGCGCCUGCAGCUGCUGGCCGCCUCCUACGAUCUGCACCGCUACUUCUACACGGGCGCGGAGAUCCUGGGCCUCAUCGACGAGAAGCACCGAGAGCUGCCUGAGGAUGUGGGGCUGGACGCCAGCACGGCUGAGUCUUUCCACCGGGUGCACACGGCCUUCGAGCGGGAGCUCCACCUGCUGGGCUUACAGGUCCAGCAGUUCCAGGACGUGGCCAGCCGCCUGCAGAAGGCAUACGCUGGGGAGAAAGCAGAGACCAUCCAGAACAAGGAGCAGGAGGUGUCCACCGCGUGGCAAGCAUUGCUCGACGCCUGUGCCGGCCGCCGCACCCAGCUGGUAGACACGGCAGACAAAUUCCGCUUCUUCAGCAUGGCCCGAGACCUCCUGUCCUGGAUGGAAAGCAUCAUCCGUCAGAUCGAGACCCAGGAGAAGCCUAGGGACGUCUCCUCAGUGGAACUGCUCAUGAAAUAUCACCAGGGCAUCAAGGCGGAGAUCGACACUCGGAGCAAGAACUUCAGCGCCUGCCUGGAGCUGGGGAAGUCCCUACUGGAGAGGCAGCACCAGGCCUCGGAGGAGAUUAGUGAGAAACUGAAGCAGGUACUAUCCAGGAGGAAGGAAAUGGAUGAGAAGUGGGAGGACCGCCAGGAACGGCUCCGCAUGUUACUGGAAGUGUGCCAGUUCUCGAGGGACGCCUCUGUGGCCGAAGCAUGGUUGAUCGCCCAGGAGCCCUACCUGGCCAGCCGGGACUUUGGACACACGGUGGAUGGUGUGGAGAAGCUCAUCAGGAGGCAUGAGGCUUUCGAGAAAUCCACAGCCACCUGGGCAGAGCGCUUUGCCGCCCUGGAGAAGCCCACCACGCUUGAGCUAAAAGAACGCCAGACCCCAGAGAGACCCGAGGAGGAGAGUGGGCCUCAAGAGGAAGAAGGAGAGACAGCAGGGGAGGCUCCCCGAGGUCCCCAUCGUGCAGCCACUGAGAGAACGUCCCCGGGGGAAGAAGAGAGGCAGUGGCUUCCGGACCUGCAGCCACCACCCCCACCCGGGCCACAGGAGAAAUCCAGUGGGGAUGAGAGGCCCGCCACCGAGCCUCUCUUUAAGGUCCUGGACACGCCUCUGAGCGAGGGUGAUGAGCCUACCACGCUGCCAGCCCAGCGGGACCACGGGUGCAGUGUGCAGAUGGAAGGCUACCUGGGACGCAAGCACGACCUGGAGGGGCCCAACAAGAAGGCAUCCAACAGGUCCUGGAGCAACCUGUACUGCGUGCUCCGGAACAGUGAGCUGACCUUCUACAAGGACGCCAAGAACCUGGCACUGGGGGUGCCCUACCAUGGGGAGGAACCCCUGGCCCUGAGACACGCCAUCUGUGAGAUUGCUGCCAACUACAAGAAGAAGAAGCACGUGUUCAAGCUGAGGCUGAGCAAUGGCAGUGAGUGGCUCUUCCACGGCAAGGAUGAGGAGGAGAUGCUGUCCUGGCUGCAGGGUAUGAGUGCCGCCAUCACCGAAUCCCAGAGCAUCCGCGUCAAGGCACAGAGCCUGCCCCUGCCCUCCGUCAGCGGCCCCGACGCCAGCCUCGGCAAGAAGGACAAGGAGAAGAGAUUCAGCUUCUUCCCCAAAAAGAAGUAGCCCCUCUGGCACCCCGCCAGCGGGACCGGGCCAUGUAGGGACUGGCGGGGCGCCCGCGGCCUCAGCCUGGGCCCGGUCCUCCCCGCAGCCCACCGCCGGGCCCCUCGCUGCCUGCACCUGCCUGCUCUGACUGCGACCGACCGCCGGUGGCCUGGGCCCGCUGCGCCUCGAUCCCUGCCUCCACCCGCCGGCUGAUGCCUGCCUCUGCUCCCGUGCCGCCCAGGCUCCCCCGUCAAGGGCUGGGGGGGGAGGGCCCUGGGGCGGAAACGGUUUCCCAGGCACCUGCCCUCCCCUCCCAACCCCUUCUCCAGACCGAGGGCCCUCCAGCCCUCAGGCCCCACAGAAGCUAGAGAAGACAGAUUCCUCAGAUGCUGCCCACCAAAGCAGGUCUUGCUUGGGGCCACCUCCCAUUGGGUCACGGCCAGGGAAAGGGACGAGGACACUGGAAAUGCCUGACCUGCCCCGUAUGGGCAUGGGGAAAGAGCUUCAGGUAGGCGCCCAGGGCUCUAGCUCUAGGCAAGGGGCUGCUGGGGACCCUGGGGACCCAAGGGGCCUCUUCCCCCCUGGGCUUCCUCAGAACUGGGACUCUCACCUCAGGGGCCACCCCAUCCCUUCUCCACUCUUCCUCUCACCAAAAAAAAAAAAAAAGGGGGGGUUACCUCCCAAGGUCGGGGGGUCCUAAAUGCAAGGUUCUCCUGCUGUCUCCAGUGCCCUCUGCCACCACCAUGGUGGUAAAAGGAGGUAAGAGCUCUCAAGCUGGUCCUCUUAAAACAGCAGUUCAAGCCGCAUAGGGCUCAGAGGUGAAGGAGGCAGACAGACCUUGACACUGGCCAAGGCUCUGCCUCUCCACUCUGGGAUCCUCCCCAACUCCCAGCCAAGCCAGCACUAUCCAACUCAGACCCAGGGUCCCUUAGGGACAGUACAGGUCCCCAGAUAGAAUAUGGCUACCCCAGCACCCACAGCAAAGCAUCCCAAAGCCAAAGGCCCAAUGUGUCCUGUCUAGCUGCUACCAUCUGAGGGUACUGGCUGGACAGACAGCAAAGUUCAUGACCUAUUCUUCUGGAGGGGCAAACGGUCACACAACCCCUGGACAGCUGGGACAAGUGCGGGGGCCUGGGCCAUGAAGGUACAGCACACCUUGUUUGGCUUCUUCUGAAGGUCCUGGUCUCGGGUCUUGGGGAAGUCCCAUGGGUGCAAAGGCCACCAAACAUCUAACACCUCCUUCCCCAGGCACAAAGGAGCCCUGCCCCUUAUUUCCCCAGGGAUAGCCUUCCCCACGCUGUUAAGGUCAGACGUCUGGAGGCAAGAGGGCUCUCGUUCCAACAAGGAUCUCACCCACCACUCUGAAAGCAAUACAGCCCCAGCCCAGCAUCUUAACUGGGUUUAGGUCCAAAAGAGGGGUCCAACUGGGGGCAGCAGGUGUUUCCCCCUGAAGAGACCAUAAAAGUCCCUGGGGCCCACAGCUGCUGUUCCAUCACCUUCUCUAUGAGGAGCCUUAGACACACCUAGAUGAUUCCUCUGGAAGGGGGUGAGGUCCAGGUAGCAACCAACCACAGGGGUAGGCAUCCAGAGUUAUUAGGCCUUCCCGGGAGCCCCUAGUGCAGGCACAGCUUAGAGAUCAAUACCACCAUGUCAAGGGGAAGCUAACUUCAGACAAGAACAGCAAAAGGAAGUUCUCCAAUGGAGCCUGACAUCCCCAGAUUGGGUGGUCCCACCUUUGCAGCCAGGGUCUUCACUGGGCCCCUAUACGUCUAAUCCUACAUCUCUCUUUACAUCUACAGGGAAGCUAGUAUAUACCAUUUACCGGCCUCCCUCUCUAUCUGGGGAAACCAAGGCAGGAGGCAGUGAGGUGACUACACUCACCUGGCAAUGAAGAAGGCUUCUGGUCCAUCUGAGGGCAUGUCCUGCUCCAAGGCAAAUAGCACAUUCCUUACUGAAGAGCAGGUAGUGGUAAGAAUCUUAACUCCCUCCCCAGGGCCAGGCUUUAGGGAGACAAGGGGGGCCCCCCCCUCCCUUCCAUGUGUGCCAAAGUAGCAACUGAGGUGAGACAUUUCCAGCAAGUAACUCCAGUCCAAAGAAUGAAAGGGCCCCAAAGGAAGAGGUAGGAUUUCACCAGCCCAGGUCCUCCACACUGGGCAAUGGCAGCCAGCUGCAUGUGACCCGCCAGCUAUGGCCAGCGCCCCAGGCAUCCCUCCCAUGUCACACAGGCCCCAAGACACUCAACCAACGGCACUGAAGUUACAGGAGCCCAGCUUUGGGAGACUGUGCCACACGAGGCAAAGCUCCUGGCGCCCUGGCAAGGGUUUUCCUCUCCUUACAUUUUCUACUUCUCAGUCUUUUAACAGUAUUCCCAAACUAGGUUGACACAGCUCCAGUCCACACCAGCAUAACAGGCUUCCUCCCCAGGGCAGCUUAGAGGAAGCUCCUUCUGGGCAUGGUCAGGUGGUCUUCCUUCCCUCUCCCCUUCCCCUUCCUCCCCUCUCCCCUUCCCCUUCCUCCCCUGGCCUCAACUGACUGACUGAGGUGGGGGAAUGGAGGGGUCCUCAGGCUUCCCCCCAGCCCCCACAACUAGCACCCAUAACAGGAAGCUUGUGGAAGGCUCAGCGUCCCCACCACACCACUUCUCUAUCCUGCCUAUCGGAGGGCAACUAGGGUCCCCAAGGUUGGUCCUGGCUCUCUCUCCCUGCCCUUUAGCGGGAGGGGGCAAGGAUCCAGAGGCCCAUAUGGCCUGGUCCCUUGGACAAGCAAGCUCAGGGAGGACACAAGGGAGGAGGCAGCUCCACAGGACUGCAACCCUGUCGGGCACAGACCACGCGAUCUGGCGCUCGCCCUGGGGCCAGCCGGGCCUUGUCCUCCACCUGCUCAAAUGUGCUUCCACGAAUCAGAAAAAAACCCAUUUACUAGUUUUUCUAAUAAAUCAAUAAUGCUCCAUCUUUCAGUUA